AUGGUGGACUUUCCAGGAUACAGCCUGUCUGGUGCGGUGGCCUCCUUCUUCUUCAUACUGCUCACCAUGAAGCAGCCAGAUGACUUUACAGUGAUUGGUCCUGCUCAACCCAUCGUGGCCAGGGUAGGGGAAGACGCCCUACUAACAUGUCAGCUCCUCCCCAAGAGGACUGCAGUGCACAUGGAGGUGAGGUGGUAUUUGGAGCCCAGCAUACAAAUAGCACAUCGGGUCGGAGCUGAGGGGACUGAGAUGCAGAUGGAGGACCACAGGGGCCGAGUGCAGUGGGUAGAGGAUGACUUUGCUGAGGGAACUGUGGCUCUGAAGAUGCACAGUAUCCGACCAUCUGGAUGGUGCCAUUUCCAAGAGGAAAACUAUUGUGGAGAAACCAGCUUGCUGCUCAAAGUAGCAGGUCUGGGGUCCACCCCUCACAUCCACAUGGUGGGCUCUGAGGAAGGUGAAAUCCAGCUUGUCUGCACUGCAGAAGGCUGGUUCCCAGAGCCCCAGGUUUAUUGGGAAGAUGUGAAGGGAGAGAAGCUGCUGACUUUCUCUGAGCAUCACAUCCAAGAUGAAGAUGGCUUGUUCUACGUGGAAGACACGCUCAUGGUCAGGAAUGCCUCUGCAGAAACCGUGUCCUGCUUCAUCCACAACCCUGUCCUCGCUGAGGAGAAGGGCUCAGUCAUCUCCAUCCUAGAAAAAGUAGCAACAAUGGUAGAUGACUUGAGGGUGAUUGGUCCUGCUCAACCCAUCGUGGCCAGGGUAGGGGAAGACGCCCUACUAACAUGUCAGCUCCUCCCCAAGAGGACCACAGUGAACAUGGAGGUGAGGUGGUACCGUUUGGAGCCCAGUGUACAAAUAGCACAUCGGGUCGGAGCUGAGGUGACUGAGAUGCAGACGGAGGACCACAGGAGCCGAGUGCAGUGGGUAGAGGACGACUUUGCUGAGGGAACUGUGGCUCUGAAGAUGCACAAUAUCCAACCAUCUGAUGAUGGGCAAUACUGGUGCCAUUUCCAAGAGGAAAACUAUCGUGGAGAAACCAGCUUGAUGCUCAAAGUAGCAGGUCUGGGGUCUGCCCCUCACAUCCACAUGGUGGGCUCUGAGGAAGGUGAAAUCCAGCUUGUCUGCACUGCAGAAGGCUGGUUCCCAGAGCCCCAGGUUUAUUGGGAAGACGUGAAGGGAGAGAAGCUGCUGACUUUCUCUGAGCAUCACAUCCAAGAUGAAGAUGGCUUGUUCUAUGUGGAAGACACGCUCAUGGUCAGGAAUGCCUCUGCAGAAACCGUGUCCUGCUUCAUCCACAACCCUGUCCUCACUGAGGAGAAGGGCUCAGUCAUCUCCAUCCCAGUAGCUCCUGUUCCACAAAUAUAUGAGGAGAACAGCUCUUGAGGAAUUAACUGGGAGUCCUCAAUCUGCCUUCCAUUUGAGAACACUGAAAAAACAUGUUUGAACACACUCAAGUUUAAUUUGUCCCAAGUCGGAUCUGGGAAACUUUAUAGCUGGGCAUAUAAUUACUAAAUAAUAACUAUUCUCAUCAUGUAAAUAACAUCUGUGACUUAAGAGAUAAUAAACCAUGUUGUUUCAAAAGACAAAAAUACAUAAAUA